CUUGUUCUUUUCGAUGGUGGACGUGGAUCGAAAUCGAUACUGCAGCCAGUGAGAAAGGUCGAAAAUAAUUUAUAUCAACAGCUGUUCUGUUGGCCUGUGAUAGCAAUAACAACAAGGGAGAAAGUCGUCUGCAGUUUCGUAGCGGCAGAAGCAAAUAAAAAUUACCCUUCGGCGCGCUCACAACAUAACACCAGCAAUUUGCAAACGCUAACGGGGAGCUAUCUGCUUCAACACAAAAAUCUAAUGGAGUUGGUGGAAAACGACGACAGAUCCUCUGGCCCCGAUCCGUUCGGCUGGUGGGCUUUGCCGGAGCCUGCGCUUUUAAUGGUCUUCGAGCGCCUAAGUGUAUUUGAUCUCCUGAAGACCAGCCUAUGCUGUCGGAGGUGGCACAGCAUUGCCCAAGACGAUCUGCUAUGGCGCCAUAAGUUUCAGGAGCACUUCAGUGCCUCUCAGAGCAUUCUGCUUAAACCAGGGGCCGAAAGCUGGCGAUCGGAGUAUCAGCGCCUAUCCAUGCAUAUACCCUUUGUCCAGGCGCAGAGACUGGAGCCUACAAUGGAAUAUAACCAUGGACACACGCACCAGGUGCUGCAUGUGAGCUUUGCCCACAACGGCGAAAUGUUCGCCACAUGUUCCAAGGACGGCUAUGUGAUAAUAUGGACCGCUCAGCACCCGUGUACGGAGAAGUACGCGCACAACAUGAAGCAGUUUAGCUGGAAGUAUUCCCAGUACUCGCAGUUCAAUCAGAGCGACACCUUGCUCCUAGUCUCCGGUGUCCAUUUUGGCUCGCCCCAGUCCACAUCUGGGGAAAUUGCGGUAUUUUAUCUGGGGGCAACUGAGUCACACCUACGCUGCCGGGUUGUUAACCGUCCAUACGACAUUUUUGGAACUUGGUUUAGUGACCAAUAUUUGAUCUCGGGCGAUUUGCAUUGGCUGGCGCAUCUUGUGAGCACCUCGGUUCUGUGGCUCAACAAGGCUAACCAGGAAAUUGACUCAGAACACGUUCCCGUAAUGAGCCAGCUAUACAAGUUCUAUAACAGGAACGCGAGUUCAGUGAGAGCCAUAAUGGUGGCCAGGUGUCCGUGGCUGGACGAGAGCAACGAUCCGUUGGCCACGAUGGCUGAGCAAGAACCUCACAGUGCGGCGUCUUUACCCCACAAAAGCGAUCAGGGGUCGAUCUCGCAGGCCAGUGGCAAUCCUCUGUCUCAUGCUGCUAGCCUUCAACGCACAAGGAGCGCUACUCCUGAAGAGUACUACUUGCCGGACAUUAGGGAGCGGCGUUCCAGGUCGCGACACGGCGAUUCUACCAUUCACUACUUGGAGGAAUAUAGGGAAGCGGUUGCCUCCGCCAAUGAACCGAACGAAUGCGAUGAAGAGAGGUACGACUCUAUGGAUGUACAAGAAGAAUUCGACGAGAUGGAGAACAGUAUGCCAAAGUAUCUCAUUUUUUCAACAGGUUCUAAGACCUUUACGCCGCACCAAAUCGGUUUCAAGCGCAUACAUAAUGUAUACUUUCCCAAAAAGCUAGAUCCUGGACCAACUCUUAAGGAAAGAAUAGCUGCAAAGCGGGCCGCGGAGCAACAUCAGGCACCGCGCACAGAUCCCGACUGGUGGGAUUACGAGUUGGUCAAAGACAGGUUCGAUAAGGUGGACAAGGUGAUAGAUCUGCACGGCCACAUCAUCGGUAUGGCUCUGAGCCCGGACCAUCGAUACUUGUACGUUAACACACGACCGUGGCCGAAGAACUACGUGAUCAUUAACCCUUUGGAGCCGCCACCGAUCGCCCAAGAAAUAGAUAUCCACGUGAUUGACCUUAUGACACUCAAGCGGGUGGGUAACAUGCUACGCGCCCACAAGGCGUACACGCCCAGUACGGAGUGCUUCUUUAUCUUCCUCGACGUAUGCGAAGAGUACGUGGCCAGUGGGGCUGAAGAUCAGCACGCUUACCUCUGGGACCGAUACUAUGGUAUCAGUCUGGCCAAGUUUAAGCACUCAGACGUGGUUAACAGUGUGGCCUUCAACCCGCGCGACUCUGAGAUGCUAGUAACCACCAGUGACGAUUACACAAUCAAGGUCUGGCGCUCACGGGCAAAAGCAAAGGAGUUUAAUAUACCCAAUAACGUCAGCGAAUCAUUUGAACUUAAGACUAAGAUCUGACCGUAUCUUAUUUAAAAUCUCCAACUGCUCAAAUUUGUAGAUGCAAGUGCUUGCUGCCAGUUGGUCUCGUGUUAACGUUUAUAAUUAUACAUUUUUUAAUUGAA